GGGGGGGCGCGAACGGUCUGCCGAGCCGCCGCGGAAGGAGGGAAAGCGGUAGGAAGAGGAGGGGAAGGGGGGGGACUUGGAAGCUCCCGCGCCGCUCGCCUCGGCUCCGUGCACCCACGCCUCGCUGCUCCGCUUCGUGCCCUCUUCCCGGGCAUGCGCCCCCCCAGUCCCGGUCCACCCAGAGCCCGCGCCGACCCCCGUAGCCUCCCCAAAGCCGGCCGCGCAGGAUGGGCGCCCUCGGUCCCUCGCCGCGGCUGCCGCCGCCGCUGCUGCUGCUAAUGCUGGGAGUCCAGUGCUUUGCCCGGGAGGUGCUGGUCCCCGAGGGGCCCCUGUACCGCGUGGCUGGCACGGCCAUCUCCAUCUCCUGCAAUGUGAGCAACUACGAGGGCCCUGCCCAGCAGAACUUCGAGUGGUUCUUCUACAGGCCUGAGGCCCCCGAGGCUGCGCUGGGCAUUGUCAGUACCAGGGAUACCGGGUUCUCUUAUGCCGUCUUCGGGCCCCGCGUGGCAGCUGGUGAGGUGCAGGUGCAGCGUCUACAGGGGGAUGCCGUGGUGCUCAAGAUUGCCCGCCUCCAGGCCCAGGAUGCGGGCAUUUACGAGUGCUAUACGCCCUCCACUGACGCUCGUUACCUGGGCAGCUACAGCGGCAAGGUGGAGCUCAGAGUUCUUCCAGAUGCGCUGCAGGUGUCUGCUACCCCCCCGGGGCCCCGAGGCCGCCAGGCCCCGACGUCGCCCCCCCGGCUGACAGUGCACGAGGGGCAGGAGCUGGCCCUGGGCUGCCUGGCGCGGACCAGCACACAGGAGCACACGCACCUGGCGGUGUCCUUCGGGAGAGCGGUGCCUGAGACGCCAGUGGGGCGAGCCACUCUGCAGGAAGUGGUGGGGCUCCGGCCGGACCUGGCUGUGGAGGCCGGGGCUCCCUAUGCCGAGCGGCUGGCUGCAGGGGAGCUGCGGCUGAGCAAGGAGGGAGCUGAACGGUACCGCAUGGUGGUGGGGGGCGCCCAGGCGGAUGACGCGGGCACCUACCACUGCACGGCGGCCGAGUGGAUUCAGGAUCCCGAUGGCAGCUGGGCCCAGAUCGCGGAGAAGAGAGCGGUCCUGGCCCACGUGGACGUGCAGACACUGUCCAGCCAGCUGGCAGUGGCAGUGGGGCCUGGGGAGCGUCGGAUCGGCCCGGGGGAACCCUUGGAACUGCUGUGCAACGUGUCAGGGGCCCUGCCCCCGCCGGGCCGCCAUGCCGCCUACUCUGUGGGCUGGGAGAUGGCCCCUGCGGGGGCGCCGGGGCCUGGCCGCCUGGUAGCCCAGCUGGACACAGAGGGUGUGGGCAGCCUGGGCCCUGGCUACGAGGGCCGGCACAUUGCCAUGGAGAAGGUGGCGUCCAGAACCUACCGCCUCCGGCUGGGGGCUGCCAGGCCCGGUGAUGCGGGCACCUAUCGCUGCCUUGCCAAGGCCUAUGUCCGAGGGUCUGGGGCUCGGCUUCGAGAAGCAGCCAGUGCCCGCUCCCGGCCGCUCCCCGUGCACGUGCGGGAGGAAGGCGUGGUGCUGGAGGCCGUGGCAUGGCUGGCGGGAGGCACCGUGUACCGUGGGGAGACGGCCUCCCUGCUCUGCAACAUCUCCGUGCGGGGCGGCCCCCCGGGGCUGCGGCUGGCUGCCAGCUGGUGGGUGGAGCGGCCCAAGGACGGGGAGCCGAGCUCUGGCCCUGCCCAGCUGGUGGGCGGUGUGGGCCAGGACGGUGUGGCGGAGCUGGGGGUCCGGCCUGGAGGAGGCCCUGUCAGCGUGGAGCUGGUGGGGCCCCGAAGCCAUCGGCUGCGGCUGCACGGCUUGGGGCCCGAGGACGAAGGCGUGUACCACUGCGCCCCCAGCGCCUGGGUGCAGCAUGCCGACUACAGCUGGUACCAGGCAGGCAGUGCCCGCUCGGGGCCCGUCACGGUGUACCCCUACACGCACGCCCUGGACACCCUGUUUGUGCCCCUGCUGGUGGGUGCCGGGGUCGCCCUAGUCACCGGCGCCACCGUCCUCGGCACCAUCACCUGCUGCUUCAUGAAGAGGCUGCGAAAACGGUGAUCCCUCGCUGCGCAGGUGAGAGAGAAGAACCCCGACCUCGUCUUCUCCCCCCCCCCCCCCCCCCCGGAGUCCUGAGGUGAGCUGCCCCUCCCCACCCCAGCUGGGGAAGGAGCGGGCAUCGGCGCUCUGUCCUCAGCGCACCCACACUGUCUCUCCAGUUCUUGCAGGUGUUGACUGUCUGUCAGCCCAGCUCCAAGACUGCCUCUGGUUGCCUGGCUACCGCUUCCUCUGUCCCCCUUCCUUUAAUUUAUUUGACCUCCCCCCACCCAGAGUGGGGGACGUGGCCCCCACUCCCCACUCCUUCCUUCCUGACUCCUCCCUCUGGCCUUCUGUUCUUGGUCUCAUGCCCAGCCCAUAGGGAGGCCAUUCCCUGUCCUAGAAUUAGUUUUUCUAAAAUGUGAAUAAACUUGUUUUAUAAAA